AUGAUGAAUACAUACUCACGGUACAAGGCUCCCCAUUACGACGCUAUGGUUUCAUACGGUGUCGAAAUGGAUGUCGAAGGUCUUCGAACUGCAUACAAGAUCACGGCCCUUGACGUCAAUCCACCUCAUGCCGUCAUGUCGCGCGAGGCCUAUGAAGAGUACUUGUGUCUGCCUGUUUUGCAAGAAGCAGAUGACGUACCCUACAUGUCGUCUAAGCCUGGCGCGUACUCCGAUGACCAUGCUUGGUUCUCACCACGUCUGGAGUUUGUUAGUCUGUUGCCCAACUCAGUAUGCGAGACCGAGACCUUUCCCAAGGAUGAUCACUGCGUCUUCUUGCUCAACGGUACCAGCUCCUGGGAUGCUCCAGCGCGCGUUCCCGGCGAGACUCCAGACUUUUCCGCACCCGCCAUCGAUCCUCUGCGCGAAGAGUACUACGAGCGUGGAUACGAGCGUGGACGCGGCACCCCGCGCAUCCACGACUCCCAGAGCAACUCUCGCCCUCGCGCUCACUCCCAGCCUGCAUACCGUCCAGACCUCAUCAACGUUCAGCACGGCUCACUGACCAAAGAGUUGCGAGAUGCGGCAUUAGGUCGCUUGGCUGAGACGUUUCGAGCACAAUACAAGGGCGAGCCCGCCUAUGAGCCGACCGACAACGAGAUCCUCACGGAAUACUACAAGCUUCUACGGUCUCGACCAUACUACGCGGGAGUCACCGGUGCUAUGUCCAAGAAGAAGCUCAAGGACUUCGGCAUGUACCUCCGGUAUAAGUGUCUCUGGUCGGUAUCGAUGGCUCGCAUCUAUCGUGUCGUACGUAGAAAGCUCAAGCUCGUCACGACUGGACUUAUACCUGUUGUCGAUACAUCGCCAUGGCUGGGUGGCGAUGACGACCAAGCCCUUCCACCACUUCCGACACAAAAGCGCAAGGUCAAGUCCGAGCGCAUGUCAGAGGAGGAGCGUGACGCCAUGCGUAAGGCAGAACGCGCAGAGAAGCUCUUGGCUCGCCAUAGGCUCAAGCCGCGCAAACCAAACUAUGAAGACGAAUUCGAGCCGGUCAAGAGCUUCAAGCAAGACACCAGCAAUACGGUACGUGUCACUCUUCGUCUGGACCCCAACUUCAAGUCACUCGUGAAGAUUGCACACACAAUCAAUUACGAGGACUCCAACACACCCGACGUGCAACCGAAGGAAUCUGCCUAUGUUGAGCUCACCCACCGAAACGCUCGCGUUCCAAAGCUCUCUAAUGACAGUGCCGAAGCCUGGGAUUUGGACGUAUACAAACCAUCGCACAAAGUCCUUGACGUCUCCGACCGCCUUUGGGAAUCGACCCUGCGCAAGUUGUUUCCCCAGACCGUUGGACAGAAGAACUAUUUCAAGUAUAUGUAUGGUAGCCUCAGGUCUGGAGCCAAGCUCUUCCUCAUCUGCUUCCGACACAACGAGCUUCCAUGCACGAGCAAUGUUCUCACCCAUCGUCAGAAUAUGCCCGAGUUGUACGACGACUUGCGCAUCGUUGUGCAGAACUCACCGUACAUCUUCAUGCUCAUUCGUAGCUCCCGCGUAGACUCAGACGUCGAAUCCGUGGUUGAAGCAUGGAAACAGCUCACGGAGUAUGAUCCCAUGUCGGUCAUCUACAAGGACCUGAACAACCCGCAGAUGUGCAACUCAGGCAUCAAGCCGACAUCUGAACUUCCCAAAUUUACCACUUCCGCCCGAUAUGCGUUUGAGACUUUCGAAGAGUACGAGCGAUCAGUCGGCCUCGGUACGCUUCUUGAGCAGCGAGCUUCUAUGGGCAAUCAUAAAUACACCGGCCGAGUCGCUGUUGUACCGGUCCCGGGGACUUACAACAAGACAUACAGACUCUGGAUGUCGUAUCAUCUCCAGCUUUCUGUCAACAAGAACCGAGAGUCGCCCACAUUGGUAAUCGGAGAUUCAGUCUUCAUCGAUUUCCAUCCAGGUGACGAGCUCGCCUCUAUGAAUGCAUGGAAAGGCAGGAUCACUGAAGCUAUUGACGCUACUUCGCGUGGACAGCUCAACGUCAUCGUUGACCGUCCCCGGGAGAAGGAUCCCCGACAGGAGGAUAAAUACCUGCCGUUGGAUACUGAAGAGUAUUCGGUUUUGACAGUCGACGACCUGGCGAACAUGAAGAAUUCGUCAGUCCUCCGUACUUGGUCACGCGACAACUCGAAGAAGUCUGUCGCUAUCUUCACCAAAAAAGGCGAGGAGGAAUGCAAGCGCUUGAUGAACAACAUUACUAUGCUCAAGGUCUCCCACGACCUUCGUGACACAUACCCCGCCAAGGCAGAGGCGCUCAAGGCGCAGACCGAGCUGUUGCUCAUGAAGAACUUUACACAACUCAAGAGGUCUGGACUGUUCAAGGAUAUCGACGCAGGCCAGUGGGAUCAAGCUCGACAGAUCCUUAUGUCAUACCUCCGUGACUACCAGUUAAACGCCUUCAUGGAGAUGGAAGACAAUGGUCUUUACGAGAACACUGGGUGUGUGACUGGGCCCUCAGGAUCAGGGAAGUCUUACUUGGCUUUCGUUAUCGCGGCGGCAUACACUCUCGACAUCAAUAUCCCAGACUUUCAGGAUGGCAACCCCGAAAUGCAUACCACACAGCCAGGCCGCGUCACAUUUUGCGGCAUCCAGAACGAUACGGUCGAUGAGGUGUACCGAGUCCUUCGUCUGAUAACUUCCAGGUUCAUGAGCGAGAUGAAGAUGCCUGCCAAGCUCGUCCUCCGCUUACAUUCUCCAAGCUCAGAGAUUGAUGCCGUCGUUGCCAUGUCACGCCCACUUCACAAGCCGCGUCAAAAGAAGCUGCCUCUCAACCACGACCCGAACACCAAGGUGACCGACUCUCUACCUCGUAGCCUUCUGAACGCGUAUCUGGCUCACUACCGCGGCACUGGAGACGCUUCUAUCCAAGAUCGUCGCAUGAAGGAAGUUGACGGGUCUGCUGCGAGCUAUAUCCUAGAGCUAGCCAAUGUCCCAGGGUUUCGGCGUUCUCCGGAAGUGCUCGAAACCUUCACGAAAGGCGAACUUACACACCUGGAGAACAAGUUGAAACCGAUCCUCCAUGCUCAUCAAGUACUCUUGACCAACGGAGAUGUGAUGGACGACGAUAUCAAGCGUGCUGUCAAAGAUGCGGCAGAGGCCGGAUACGACGCUCUGCUGGAGAAGGCAGCAAUUGUAUGCACCACGUCGUCAGUGGCUACAGAGAUGACCUUCAACGCUGUCCGUCAGACGCACGCAGUGUUCUUGGAAGAGGCCGGUCGAGCAAACGACGCCGAGUUCGCGGGAUACUUCUCUCACUACUGGAAUGCUCAGCUGCGCAUGUUUAUCGGGUCCAUCAAUCAGCUCCCUCCUAUGGUAUUCGGUAACAGCCUAGAGAAUCCUUUCCAGAAACAGCUCACUCUGUCACCACUCGUGCGUCUACAUGUUACCGGAUUCCACAUGUACGAGCUCAAGCAGACAUCACGCUUCAAGAACAAACCUCUGUUGGACCUAUGCGCUCUGGUGAAUGAGCUACCCGAUCUGCAGGCAGUAGAAGGUUCCUUUGACGACGAUCUCUCCACAUUCUACUCCGACAUCAACAAGAAGAUCUGGCAUACCGACAGCAACCUGAUCUUUGUCAACGUCGUGGACGCCAAGACAGUCAAAGGCGUGACUGGCUCCUCAUACUCACUAGAGACUGCUUGCGCAGUGAUGAGGGAUGCCGUCGAUCGCAUGGCUCACAUGGAAGGCAAGGAUCACGUCAUCAUCACACCGUACACCGCGCAGGUUGAGAUACUUCGGCGGGAGCGCGACACUGUUGCACAAGCCUUGUCACGACGACAGCCAGUGCUAGCCCAACGCCUUGCAGACAUCGAUAUCGUCACCGUCGACUCAUUCAUGGGCAAGGACAGGAACUCGGUCAGUCUCGAUAUGACCCGCGCUCUUGGUCAUCUCUGGAAGUUACCCCGUACCGUCGUUGCUACAACUCGCGCAAAGGUGUCCAUGCAGUUCUUCGGACCACUCUCCGAAUUCAUCAGUCCGACGAAAGCCAUCCCGAGCAAGCACCCGUUGCGAGAGAUGUUUUACCAACUCCACAAGCGAGGCCAUGUCUACCGGCUCACUUCCAUUGAGCGCAAGUCAUUCGAGCAGUACAAACCAGUGCUAUGA